AUGCUCUCGUCGCCUCAAUCGUCUUCGGCCACUGGGCAAAUGAAUCGCGAACAAAGCAAGACUGCAUCGCGGGACAGUGGUGAUCAACCAAGCAAACAAGAUGAUCGUAUCGGCAACGUUGGCACAGGUGUCGACGCAGCACUUGCAGAGCCAUUCCCUCCCUUCGCGCGUCAAGAAGUACUAGAAAACCCAUUCGAAGAUGAGUCUCGUCGUGACAUGGAAUUUCAAGAACGUAAGAACAACAUUACCACUACCAACAACAACGUUUCAACGACUUGGAAACUCCACCAACAAAUACUCGAGCUCAUACUAGAAUUUCACGCAUGGUCUACGUCAAGGCCUGAUCACGAAUCCUCAGUUACUGGCCACGCGCUUUUCGAAGAGGCGCGCUCGAUACAGAAGGUGGAAGAGGAACAAGGCAUGUGGAAUUUUUCCUUCGGUAUGCGAGCUUGUAUUCUCGCUGCUUCGAAUAAGACAUGCUGCAUAUAUGGCUUUUCCUAA